GCUUGGACAUCUUAGGGGACCCAAGGAAGAUGAACAAGCACCAGCUCUAUUACCAGGUCUUAAACUUUGCCAUGACUGUGUCAUGAAUGCUCAUGAUCUGGAAAGGCCUGAUCGUCCUCACUGGCAGCGAGAGUCCCAUCAUGGUGGUGCUGAGUGGCGGCAUGGAGCCAGCCUUCCACAGCGGCAACCUUCUGUUCCUGACAAAUUUCCGGGAAGACCUGGUUAGAGAUGGUGAAAUCGUUGUUUUUAAAGUAGAAGGACAAGACAUUCCAACAGUGCACAGAGUAAUCAAAGUUCAUAAAAAAGAUAAUGGAGACAUCAAAUUUCUGACUAAAGGAGGUAAUAAUGAAGUUGACAAUAGAGGCUUGUACAAAGAAGGCCAGAACUGGCUGGAAAAGAAGGAUGUGGUGGGGAGAGCCAGAGGGUUUUUACCAUAUGUUGGUAUGCUCACCAUUAUAAUGAACAACUCCCAAAAUUCAAGUAUGCUCUUUUGGCUGUAAUGGGUGCAUAUGUGUUACUAAAACGUGAAUCCUAAAAUGAAAGGCAGUUCCUGGGACCAGACC